GUUUUUUUCGCUUUUUCAUAGACGUGCUUCUAGCAACAGUGUUGCUAUGUCAACAGAAGCUGAUGUAAACACAGGAAGUAGAACGAAAACAUCUUUUUAGGGACUUCUGAUAAGACAACAAGUGUCAGAGUUGCAGAUGGAGGCCUCGGCACAGAACAGACUUGGGGGGGGACUGUGGAACAACCCCAGAGCCACCCAGUACAGCAGAGAGACCCAGGAUCUGCUCAGAUUGAUGAUGCAGGAAUCAAAGCUCAACAACCUGCAGAGAAAGAAGAUUAACGAAUGCCUGCAGAAUGGAGCAACACUACCACUCACCUCUGAUCCCACAUCAUCAUCAGCUCUUCCUCAGGCUAAACCCUGUAAAUCUGUCAAGAAAUGCUUCUCAGGCAAGCCUCAGAGACGAAGUGCUGAAUCCUGUCGUUCUGGGGACGGAUAUACAAGAGAAAAGUUCCGUCCUGGUCCUACAAGAGACUUAGAGAAAGAGAAGAGGAGGCUUCAGAAUAUUUUGGCAACCGGACAAGAAGAACCAGAGGCUGAAUCGUCCCAAAAUGAUUCAGCAAGACUGAACUCGGAGGAGAAAGACAGAUUUGAAGAAGUGCUGGAUGAAAUAGAGGAGAGAAGAGAGUUUCUGGAGCAUAUGGCCUCUCUGGGCCAGGAGAAACCAUACAUUAACCUCAUCAACACAGAGAUAUCACAGAGAAUUCAGGAACUGAAGGUGUUGGAAAAGGCACAGAGUCCAGAGAUGGAUGCUGUGACGUCUGAGAAGAAAGAGGAGAUUGCAGAUCAAAAGCCGGGGACUUAAAGAGACAGUGACAGAGACUCACUGCCACCGACUAGAGACAUGGAAAUACUUCAAUGUAAUGUGACGUAAUAAUAUGUCAUAGCUGAUCAGCAACACUCGACUUCAUAAGCCUUCAGUUUUGAGUGUAUCUGGAAAUUAAAACAAAAAAAAAGACAUGAA